AUGGCGUCCUCGCUUAUCGAGAUUUCCAAAAAGGUUGUCGUGGCACGAGAUGAGAUGAUCCAAUCACAGUCUCUUCUUUUCUGUCUCUACCUAGCACACACAAACAGCCACAUGUGUGACAGGGCAAAAACAGGACGGCAACAUCGAGAAGGCUAUUCACGAUCUGCAAGACAUGUAUGGGAGCACAACUUCUACCUCCAGGCUAGGUACCUAAUACCUGCCUACCUGCCGGGGCCUAUGUACCUACGUAGCUUUCUAAGUACGCGACCGAGGGACGCUCGUGCCAGGACCGAGUGCACGCCCAGCCCGCCCAGAAAAGCUCAGGGCCGCUAA